UUGACAACAUUACGCGAGGUAUCUCCUUUGUAGCCAGCCCUCCUUUGUGGCAUAACAAUCCAAUUGUUUUUCCACAAUGCAACCAUCAUUCUUUGUCCGUCAGAACAUAGUUGUGAGAUAAAUAUUCCUCGCUCCACGCCAUCAACCCCAGGUUUUUCUCAUCAGCACACUCCCCUGUUCUCCCCCGUUCGUCCGUGAUCACCAGCUUUCCUGGCGUCUCAGCCAUACCUUCGAUCGAAAGGUAAGUAUUCUCUACUCCCAGCUGAGCUGAUUCUUCUAGAAAGCGCCCGGUCGCCGACGAACACCACCACCCGCUCCUCGACCAUCAUGACCCUCGCCAUGACUAACCCCCUCCGAUCCAACCCCCCCCACCGCUUCGCUAUCUGUCCCCACGAUGUGGUCAAGGACGGCGCCGUCCCUCGAUACCCGCUCCAGCCCUGCGCGCUGAACACUGCGACCCACCAUCUCCUCCACUGCGGCCACACCAUCCGCACCAACCUCCCCAGCUCCUGCGGUGCCAACUGCGCGAGCGUCCCCGCCACUUAUGCCCACGUGCCGCGGUUCGCCUGCGAGCGCUGCAUCGAGGCGCUGCUUGACGCUAAGAUGACCCAGCGCUACGGGGGGCUGGAGAGCUGGGUCAGGCUCGAGUACGGCCAUCUGGGUAGGGAAGAGGUUUGGCGCCAGGGCAUGAUUCACUUCUAUUCGCAGGAGGAAAACUGGCGCCAGGAGCGCGUCGAGACCGAUGCCAUUCUUCGGGUUGGUGCGCGUCAUUCGGAAGCCGCUGGUGAGGCCGCUGAAUGGGACGGGAAGGUUCGGGUCAACGUGUCUGAGAUGACCGCUGCUGAGCUCGCUGCUUCGAAGCGCGCCAUUAGGGAAAAGAAGGAGAAGUAUGCGAAGAAAGUCCACAAGGCCGAAACCAUUGCACGAGGGUUGGAUCGAUUGAUGGGGUACUAAUGGAAGUGUAGGGAUAAUAGUCUCCACUGGUGGAGAUCUGCUGAACUAGGUAAU